CCCGCCUUAGGUCAGCGCUUGUUGGAUGCCGUCUUCAUUGCUCACUGUAGUCGCUGUGCGGCGCUGACUUGCACACGAAAACGUCGGCGACUCAUUCAUCAGAGCAGUGCGCUCCUCUACCGAGAAAAUAUAGCUAGUAGCUAGCUAGCUCUGUGACUCAAAUUAAAAACAUGUCCACCACUACCGGAGGAGAGUUUGGUAACCCCUUGCGGAAAUUUAAGCUUGUUUUCCUGGGCGAACAGAGUGUGGGGAAGACCUCUCUCAUCACCAGAUUUAUGUAUGAUAGCUUUGACAACACCUACCAGGCAACAAUCGGAAUAGAUUUCCUAUCCAAGACCAUGUAUUUGGAAGAUCGGACGGUCCGACUCCAGCUGUGGGACACUGCAGGACAGGAGCGCUUUCGAAGCCUCAUCCCCAGCUACAUCCGAGACUCCACCAUUGCUGUGGUGGUCUAUGACAUAACCAACCUCAAUUCCUUUCAGCAGACCUCAAAGUGGAUUGAUGAUGUGAGAACAGAAAGAGGAAGUGAUGUCAUAAUCAUGCUAGUUGGGAACAAAACGGACUUGGCUGAUAAAAGACAGAUCACCACGGAAGAGGGCGAGCAGAGAGCUAAGGAACUGAAUGUCAUGUUCAUUGAAACCAGCGCAAAGACUGGCUACAAUGUCAAACAGCUGUUCCGCCGUGUGGCCGCAGCCUUACCUGGGAUGGACAGUGCUCCAGAGAAGAGCAAAGAGGACAUGAUCGACAUCAAACUCGAGAAGCCUCCAGAACAACCUGUCACCGAGAGCAGCUGCUCGUGCUAAUGCUCACCUACCCCUUCUGCUCCCCUUAAUAGCUUGUUUCUCAGUGGCCACUUGCACCAACCACGGCGAAGUGCCAUUGGCUGGAGAACCUGUUCCCGUUGGCUCAGUGACUUUUUCGGAGUAACCGUGUGGAUGUGCUAUUACUCUGUAUUUAAAUGAAUCAAGACGAAAAAAAUGUAAAGGUUAAAAAAAAAAAAAAAACCCAUGAAAUCACAGGAUAAGUUAAAUAAUAAUUUGUUCAAAAUAUAUAUUUCAACUGCAUGGCAUAUAUAGGAUUGCAGACUGAUAGCUUCUCCCACCACUCUUAAUUUCUUGCACUUUUUUGGAGCAACAUCAGUGCUGUCACAUUUGUCAUUGUUGUAAAACAAUAAGGUGGUUCAGUAUAUAUUCACAUGCGAAUUUAUAUCACAUGUUCAGUAUAUAUUCAGAAGUGAAUAUUAGAGAAGGCCUCUGCUGUCCUGAAAGAAGUGAUGUAUGUUUAGGGUUUUUUUUUUUUUUGGUUUUUGGUAUUAUUUUAUUGAUUAUGGAAAAAAAUGUGUUCUCAAUUGCUUGGCGCUUUACUUCUAAUCUUAUUUGGGAGUGUGAAGAGGGAGAACUAGCAAGUCUUUACUGACCAUAAACAAGGCUUCAGUUUCUAGUUUUAUUUGUAAUAAACAUUUUUUUUUCCAAAGUAGGACUCUGGGCAAAGUAGUCCAAGCCCAAUAGUUACACAAUUAGUACUAACAGGACCAAAAAAGACAGUUACAUGUUCUGAAAGGGGAUUUUCAUCUCAGACAGACUUAAUGUAAGCGGGUUCACAAUGUACUGCAUGCAUCAGUAUUGUCAUCCUAAAUGUUAGAUGCUUUUGAAAACUUUCUUUAAUCUGGGGACUUUUUAACUCAGGCUAUCAACAGCCAAAGAGGGCUAAACUUUGAAAGGGUAGGUUUGUAGGCAAACUACUACCAGUAAGCCAAGCCCAUUUUAUACCCAAGUCAUAUGGGAAUACUACAAAAGGAAUGUACUACUGACCAGUAGAGAAAUUACAUGUAUAUGCAUUUUUAGAAAAGGGAAAUGACCCCAGAUCCUCUUUAAAUUGUACUUUGAAUAAAUGACCUCGACAUUUCUGUUAAUGUGAACCUGUUGAAACUAGCUGCUUGUUGGCAAAACCCCCUACACUUGAAAAUCUAUAAAUAUAUCUAUAUAUACAUUUUUACUUGUAUUCCACCUUAUCCAAGUUGAGGGGGAAAUGUUUUCCAGAUGGGCUGAUAAAAAUAGGCAUAAGGAAAUGGGAUGCUCUUUAUCCCCCCCCCCCAGUCACUCUGAGGGAAAGGCAUAAUGCCCCAGUCAUCUCCCUUCUCUCCCUCCCUCCACAAUGAAAAGUCCGCUGGUUUAACACUAUUGCAGGGCUGCAUGCUAAACUUGCAGUAUUUUGUAGAGGGACAACAUAAAUGUGGUGCUUGUAUGUUCAAAUGCACAGUGCACUGAACCAAGCCACGGAACCACAGAGGCAUUAGCAGCAUGAUUGCCUGCUUUAGUAUUCAGAAGUUAGGGUUUGUAGGGCAGAUAGUGGGAAUUAGUCUUUCAAUGCAGCUCUUAGAUGUUGAACACCCUUGCUGUAAAUCCACAUGGAAAUGUAUAAACCUAUUGCUUUUGCUCAUAUGAGUCAGUUUUGUAUCUGUGGUUUAUUUUGUUAGCAGCUGAGAAUGACAUUGUUUGCUUGACCAAAUGACAGUUUAAAAAUUCCUGGGUUGAGAGCAGUAAUUUAUUGUUUUUAUUUUUUUUCAUUUUUAUUUUUAUUUUUGCCUGUCUGUUUUUGAAUAUUUUGAAUACUGUGCCUCAGAGUGAGGGCUGGGCCUGGUUAUUUUGUCAGUAUCAUGUCAACAUGGUCAUCUUUUUUCUCGCAGUUUGCCAGUGUUGCGUUGAAAAGGAACAACUGAGUUUGAAAGGAGAUGUAGUGGGCAGGAAAUGCAUUACUUCAGCCAUUUACCUUCAACACCCCCCCCCCCCCUUAACAAAAA